AUGGGGGACGAUCUGGCAUCGCGGAACAAGGUUCAUUUUGACAAGGAUGCAUCUCGUCAUCUCGCAGAGUGGGCGGAGUUGAUCCAAGCCGUUGUGGAAGAAUUUGAAGCCCGGCGCUCAUGGAUGUCGAGCAAAUGGACAGACUCGAGCGGGUUCUCCAGCGGGCAGACAAGUGUCAGACUGCUUGACUAUGCUUGUGGCUCGGGAACAGCUUCCAAGUGGGCCCUGCUCCCUUUCGUUACUCAAGCUGUCGGCUUGGACAUCUCGCCGGGCAUGGUGGCAGAGUACAACAAAUGGGCGCAGGAUACAGGAUUCGGUCCGGAGAGAGUUCAGGCGUACGAGUACGACCUUUUGUCUGCAGACACUUCACAGGUUAUUGCGGAUCAGGUAUCAUUGUCUGAUUUUGACAUUGUUGUCGUGAGCAUGGCCCUGCAUCAUGUUUCGGACCCAGCGAAGCUGCUGAGCAGACUGGCCCAAUGUCUCCGGAAAGGCGGCGUGUGUGUGAUUCUGGACCGUGUUCCCGAAUCUACCUCGACGAAUACGCCUGAGGUGGAGCUGUCUUCUACUCAGGCUCAGGUGCUUCAAACCAUCAACCAAUUCGGUUUCAGCGAAGAAGACAUGCGGAAACUUUUCUGUGAAGCUGGACUCGGUCAUGAUGUUGACUAUGUCUUGAUUGAGCGCCAGUUCGAGGCCAUGUUUAUGGGCAAACGUCUAACAAUUGGUGGAUUCAUCGCCAAGGGCGGUUUGGUUUAG